CAUGGUAGAAACUUCAAACACAAAUUAAAUUAGUAUAUUAUAAACAAUAUACAAAUAAUUUGGUAUUAUAAAAAGAAGAUUAGUAUAUCUAGCUUGUUACCAAGCAUGAAGGCAGCAUUGAAGUACUUAGCAGGAAUUGCAGGUCCAAGUGGUUAUGGCUCUAAUGCUACUGCUGAUGAAGUCACUGAACAGUGUUUUUAUCCUCCUAAUCUUCUUACUGCAAUUAUCACUGGUGCAACAUCUGGAAUAGGAGCAGAAACAGCAAGAGUAUUAGCAAAGAAAGGAGUAAGGAUAGUGAUAGCAGCAAGAAAUAUGAAGAAGGCAGCUGAAGUAAAAGAGGCAAUCAUAAAAGAAACACCCUCUGCUCACAUUAUUAUUUUGGAGAUUGAUUUAAGUUCAUUGGCUUCUGUUACUAGAUUUUCUUCACAAUUUUUGUCUCUUCAUUUACCUCUUAAUAUUCUCAUAAACAAUGCUGGUGUAUAUUCUCAAAAGUUGGAGUUCUCUGAAGACAAGAUUGAGCUUACAUUGGCUACAAAUUACUUGGGGCAUUUUUUACUAACAGAACUGCUAUUAGAAAAGAUGGUGGAGACAGCAUCACAAACUGGGAUUCAAGGAAGAAUCAUAAAUGUUUCUUCUUUAACUCAUGCUUGGGUGAAGAAAGAUCAAUUUUCCUUCUCUAAAAUGCUCAAUCCUAAAAAUUAUAAUGGCACACGUGCAUAUGCUCAAUCAAAGCUGGCUAACAUUUUGCAUUGCAGAGAAUUGUCAAGAAAACUAAAGGAAAGAAAUGCAAAGGUAACAAUCAACGCAGUACAUCCAGGAAUAGUGAAGACAGGAAUUAUCAGGGCUCACAAAGGCUUUAUUACAGAUUCUUUGUAUUUUCUAGCAGCCAAGUUGCUCAAGUCCACAUCACAGGGUGCAGCUACAACAUGUUACGUAGCUUUAAGUCCAAAAACAGAAGGUGUAAGUGGAAAAUACUUUGCAGAUUGUAACGAGACAUGUUGUUCAGCUUUAGCUACUGAUGAAUUUCAAGCACAUCGACUUUGGAAACAGACUCGUACUCUCAUCUGUAGAACAUUACAGAUUUCUUGUCUUUCUUAAUAUUAUUUUUUUUUUUCAUUAUUUUUAGUAUUAUUUUUUACUAUAUUUUUAUUUUUAUAGAUGUGAAGUAUAUUAUUACAUAAUGUAAAUGUUUUUUUUGGGUUUUUUUUUUCUUGAUUAAUACCAAAAAUAAUCAAUCUAUAUUUGACAUAUAGCUUAUGUACAAUAAUCAAUAAAACUAUAUUAUGAUGGGAAUUUAUGGGUUAUUGUUGACUUCUUUAGUCAAAUAUGAUAUUUUUUGUUGAG